AUGGCUUCUUCUGGUGUCAAUCGAUGGCUGAGGCCUGAGGUGUAUCCACUGUUUGCGGCCCUUGGGGUUGCCAUCGGUAUCUGCGGAUUUCAGUUGGUGCGCAAUAUCUGCAUCAACCCUGAAGUCAGGGUUAACAAGGAACGCAGGGCAGCUGGAGUACUGGAGAACUAUGCCGAGGGAGAAAAGUAUGCUGAGCAUUUUCUCAGAAAAUUUGUUCGUAAUAAGCGACCAGAAAUCAUGCCAUCCAUUAACAGCUUCUUCACCGACCCAGAUCGUAACUAAAUGCCUUGAAUCAAAGCCAAAUAAGUCUUUGUGCUGAGAUACAAACUUGUGUGUAUAUAGUUUGGUUCUGUUUGUAAUUGGUGUUGGUUGUUGCAGCUGGUUUGUGUUUGGAGUACAUGUAUGUGAGAUGAUCAACUAAAGCGUGAUAUGCUAUAAAUAAUGGAGUGGCAAGCUAGUGGAUGUUGUUCUUCCUGUUUCACAUAGCAUUUUCCGGGUUGUUUUUGUUAUCAGUCAUAGCAUUUUGUACAAGAAUUGCAUCUGGGGGGGGGGGG